GGGCACCUGAAAGGCCGCGACAUCGGCUUGUGGUACGCGAAGAAGCAGGGGCAGAAGAACAAGGAAGCCGAGAGGCAGGAGAGAGCCGUAGUGCAUAUGGAUGAACAUCGAGAAGAACAAAUUGUGCAGCUACUACAUUCUGUCCAAGCUAAGAGUGACAAAGAUUCAGAAGCACAGAUAUCCUGGUUUGCUCCUGAAGAUCAUGGGUAUGGUUCUGAAACUCCUGCUGAGAACAAACCAAACUCGGAGAGGAAAUUGGAGGACCGGGAAAAAAAAUUGAUAAAUCAAGAAAAGAAGACAUUCAGAAUCAGGGACAAAUAUAUUGACCGAGAUUCUGAAUAUCUCUUGCAAGAAAAUGAACCAGAUGUAAACUUAGACCAACAGUUAUUGGAAGAUUUACAAAAGAAAAAAACUGACCUUCGGUAUAUUGAAAUGCAGCAUUUCAGGGAAAAGCUGCCUUCAUUUGGAAUGCAAAAGGAAUUGGUAAAUAUGAUCGAUAAUCAUCAGGUGACAGUAAUAAGUGGUGAAACUGGUUGUGGAAAAACCACUCAAGUUACUCAGUUCAUUUUGGAUAAUUACAUUGAAAGAGGAAAAGGAUCUGCAUGCAGGAUAGUUUGUACCCAGCCAAGAAGAAUUAGUGCCAUUUCUGUUGCAGAGAGAGUGGCUGCAGAAAGGGCAGAAACUUGUGGCAAUGGUAAUAGUACUGGAUACCAAAUUCGUCUCCAGAGCCGGUUGCCAAGGAAACAGGGUUCUAUCUUAUACUGUACAACAGGAAUCAUCCUUCAGUGGCUUCAGUCAGACCCGCAUUUGUCCAGUGUUAGUCAUAUUGUGCUUGAUGAAAUCCAUGAGAGAAACCUGCAGUCAGAUGUUUUAAUGACUGUAAUUAAAGACCUUCUCAAUUAUCGACCUGACCUGAAAGUAAUAUUGAUGAGUGCAACAUUGAAUGCUGAGAAAUUCUCAGAAUAUUUUGGUAACUGUCCAAUGAUACACAUACCUGGUUUCACUUUUCCAGUUGUGGAGUAUCUUUUGGAAGAUAUAAUUGAAAAAAUAAGAUAUGUUCCAGAACAAAAAGAACACAGAUCCCAGUUUAAGAGGGGUUUCAUGCAAGGGCAUGUAAAUAGACAAGAGAAAGAAGAAAAAGAAGCAACCUACAAAGAACGCUGGCCGGAUUAUGUAAGGGAACUGCGGAAAAGGUAUUCUGCAAGUACUGUAGAUGUUAUAGAAAUGAUGGAUGAUGAUAAAGUUGAUCUGAAUUUGAUUGCUGCCCUUAUUCGCUACAUUGUUUUGGAAGAAGAGGAUGGUGCAAUAUUGGUCUUUCUACCAGGUUGGGACAAUAUCAGCACUUUACAUGAUCUCUUGAUGUCACAAGUGAUGUUUAAAUCAGACAGGUUUCUUAUUAUACCUUUACAUUCACUGAUGCCUACAGUUAACCAGACACAGGUGUUUAAAAGAACCCCUCCUGGUGUUCGGAAAAUAGUAAUUGCUACCAACAUUGCAGAGACUAGCAUUACCAUAGAUGAUGUAGUUUAUGUGAUAGAUGGAGGAAAAAUAAAGGAAACACACUUCGACACACAGAACAACAUCAGUACUAUGUCUGCUGAGUGGGUUAGUAAAGCUAAUGCCAAGCAAAGGAAAGGUCGAGCUGGAAGAGUUCAGCCUGGUCAUUGCUAUCAUCUGUAUAAUAGUCUUAGAGCAAGCCUUCUAGAUGACUACCAACUGCCAGAAAUCUUAAGAACUCCUUUGGAAGAACUUUGUUUACAAAUAAAGAUCUUAAGGCUAGGUGGAAUUGCUCAUUUUCUGAGUAGGUUAAUGGACCCACCGUCAAAUGAAGCAGUGUCACUCUCCAUAAAACACCUGAUGGAACUGAAUGCUUUGGAUAAACAAGAAGAAUUGACACCUCUUGGAGUCCACUUAGCACGAUUACCAGUUGAGCCGCACAUUGGAAAGAUGAUUCUUUUCGGAGCUCUGUUCUGUUGCUUAGACCCAGUCCUCACCAUUGCUGCUAGUCUCAGCUUCAAGGAUCCCUUUGUCAUUCCAUUGGGGAAAGAAAAGGUCGCAGAUGCAAGAAGAAAGGAAUUGGCAAAGGACUCUAAAAGUGACCACCUGACGGUUGUGAAUGCAUUUGAGGGCUGGGAAGAAGCUAGACGACGUGGUUUCAGAUAUGAAAAAGAUUAUUGCUGGGAAUAUUUUCUGUCUUCAAACACACUGCAGAUGCUGCAUAACAUGAAAGGGCAGUUUGCUGAGCAUCUUCUUGGAGCUGGAUUUGUAAGCAGUAGAAGUCCUAAAGAUCCAAAAUCCAAUAUAAAUUCAGAUAAUGAGAAGAUAAUUAAAGCGGUCAUCUGUGCUGGCCUAUAUCCCAAAGUUGCUAAAAUCCGAUUAAAUUUGGGUAAAAAAAGAAAAAUGGUGAAAGUUUACACAAAAACUGAUGGACUAGUUUCUAUUCAUCCUAAAUCCGUUAAUGUGGAGCAAACAGAGUUUCAUUACAAUUGGCUUAUCUAUCACCUGAAGAUGAGAACCAGUAGCAUAUACUUGUAUGACUGCACAGAAGUUUCCCCAUACUGUCUCCUGUUCUUUGGAGGUGAUAUUUCCAUCCAGAAAGAUAAUGAUCAGGAAACUAUUGCUGUAGAUGAAUGGAUUGUCUUUCAGUCUCCAGCAAGAAUUGCCCAUUUGGUUAAGGAAUUAAGAAAGGAACUAGAUACCCUUCUGCAAGAGAAGAUCGAAAGCCCCCAUCCUGUCGAUUGGAAGGACACUAAAUCCAGAGACUGUGCAGUGCUCUCAGCUAUUACAGACUUGAUCAAAACACAGGAAAAAGCAAUUCCCAGGAACUUGCCGCCACGACUCCAGGAUGGAGGUUGCAGCUGACACCUUUUCUGUGUGGUCGGAAAAGCCAAUUUGAUAGCCAUCUUCCAUCAUAGUUAAUGUUUGGCUAAAUGCCAAACCCUGGGACAUGGAUAAUUUUCAUGUGUCAGGUAGAACCUUCAGUAGAUAGUAAAGACUUACUGUGCAUGAGUUCACAAUGUUGUCUGUAGCUAUUAUAAAUAUACCAUAAAAACAAUGUGUUUUCUGAUCAUAUACUCUGUGUGGUCAUACACUUUGGGAUUAUUUCUCUUACAGUGUUGUACCACUUGAGAAAGUCCUUUGUUCUGUUAUGGAAAAAAUAAUUUUUCUGCCCAUAAUGACUGAAUAUAGAACUGGUAAAAAUAGAAUGCUUACCCAAAAGGCAGUGUCAAGUAGAAUUUGAACACAGCCUCAUUUUUUAAGUGAAACUUCUAUCAGAAGUUCAUUUGUUCUAAUAAAACCCAGUAUUUAAUAAAAUGUACAAUGUGUAAAUC